CCUCGUACUGCUGCUACUGCGUCUCGCCGGAACUCUCGUUAUAUCGACGAGAAGCAAUAUGGCUUGCUCUGUCAUUCAUAUGUCCUCGUCAUUGUCCUACCACGCCGGGCUUCCGUCUUCCUCUUCGUAUUGUUGUUGUCGUUGUUGUACACCACACCGCAACCUAUCCAUUCAUUGACCAUCUCGUCGACGGACGGACAAGCUUGAGAGGGCUGCCCUUCUCGAGGGUAUAUAGCAGCAAGCCAGACCCUCUCUCUCUCUCUGGCUUCAUUCAACAAGAAGCAGGUAAAAACCUGUGAGCUGAACAUGUCAGGACGUUUGCUGGGAAGACUGGACAUGUUGAACCUAAGUGACAAACACGAUUCCCGUAACCUCGGCAACGGACACUCCUCAGCCCCCUCCCCACUGAAACUUUUUGGCCAGGCCAAGAAACGCAUCAAUGACAUCUUCAGAGAGAUCGGGGAGUACAUUUAUGAAUGUGACACCUUUGUUCAAGAAACCUUGAAAGUUGCUCAAGAUCUCGUAACAGAUGAUUAUGCAGAAAGAGUGAAAGGAUUCAAACAGAAAGUGGAUGGAAUUGUAGAAGUGUUAUCCAGGGAUCACAUGAAAGUGGUCUUUUUUGGUCGGACAUCAAACGGUAAAAGUACUGUGAUAAAUGCUAUGUUGAGGGACAAGAUACUGCCAAGUGGUAUAGGGCACACCACAAAUUGUUUCCUCCAGGUCGAAGGGUCUGACUCCAACGAGGCUGUCUUACUCACUGCCGACUCAGACACGCCCAAGAGUAUCAAUGAUAUCAAACAAUUGGCCCACGCCCUCAGCAACUUGAAGCUUGAUUCGAACGCAUGCAUUCGGAUCCUUUGGCCAAAAGACAAGUGCCGCCUGCUCAAAGAAGAUGUAAUUCUAGUUGACAGCCCUGGUAUUGAUGUGUCCCCUGAUCUUGACAACUGGAUUGAUGCCCACUGCUUGGAUGCAGAUGUCUUUGUUCUGGUUGCCAAUGCUGAAUCAACCCUAAUGCAAACUGAAAAGAAUUUUUUCCACAAAGUCAGCUCUAAACUCUCUAAACCAAAUAUCUUUAUCUUACAAAACAGAUGGGAUGUUUCGGCUAUUGAAGAAGAUAUUGAAGCAGUUAGAAAACAGCACAUGGAACGCAAUGUCCAAUUUCUCGGUAAGGAACUGAAUGUAGUGCGACCAGAAGAUGCUGAAACCCGUGUGUUCUUUGUGUCGGCCCGAGAAGCCUUAAUGUCCCGGUUACAUGAAGAUAAAGGAACGCCAACACCAGUUGGUGCCUUACAGGAAGGUUUUCAAGUUCGUUUAUUUGAAUUUGCAAACUUUGAACGAACAUUUGAGGAAUGUAUCUCCAAGUCUGCUGUGAAGACAAAGUUUGAAUUACACACGGAACGUGGUAAACACAUCAGCAGUAACUUGCGCACCGUCAUGGAGGAUGUACAUCAAAGAAGUCUCCAACGCAGGUCUACACUAGAUGAUCAGACGAAGAUUGUUGAGGAAAAAAAUAAUGAAUUAGAAUUUAUGGUGAAACAGCUGAAAAUUGUCACAGGAGACAUCAAAGAGAAAAUCAAAGAUAUGGUCGAUAAUGUGGAACGUAAGGUGGGCAGUGCACUUAACGAAGAAAUUCAUCGGCUCUCUAUUGUGGUUGAUGAGUUUGAUCGACCUUUCCAUCCAGACAACCUCAUGUUGAAUAUCUACAAGAAAGAGUUGUACUCGUAUGUAGAGGAGAUGCUGGGCCGCAACAUGCAUGGACGUUGCUCCCGUGUGUUGAGCAAACCGGUGGUAGAAACCCGACAGAAAAUCGCAGAGCAAAUGGCCACCCUCCUGAAAGACAAAGAGAAGAUCCAAAACAAACUGCCGUUCCCGAAUCGGGACUUUGAGCUUAUGUAUCGGUUAGACUGUCGCAACCUCUGUGCCGACUUCCAUGAAGACAUUGAGUUCCGAUUCUCUUUUGGUCCGACAGCUCUCAUGCAACGGUUUUUCUUGCCAUUGAAGAAACAGAAUUAUUUAGUCGGAGGAAUUACGACCCCACAGUCUCAACAGCCAGAACGCACAGACGUAUCUCAAUCCAGUGAAGUCCUUGUUGCUAUGUUAAGCACAUUUGCCUCAGUCACCUCUCGCACCACAGUCGGUGCCAUGGUUCUCGUAGGAAUGAUUGCUAAAGCUGCUGGGUGGCGGGUGAUUGCAGUGAGUGGGGCCCUGUAUGGUCUACUCUACUGCUACGAGCGGUUAACAUGGACCAACAAGGCCAAGGAACGAGCCUUCAAACGCCAGUAUGUGGAAUACGCCAGCAGCAAGCUACGUCUGAUUGUGGACUUGACCAGCUCCAACUGCAGUCACCAGGUGAAACAGGAGCUGACCUCCACCUUCUCCAUUGUGUGCCACCAAGUUGACCUGUCCAAGAAUCAAUUGCAAGAUGAAAUCAAUAAAAUCCAGAAGGACAUUGACCAGUUAAAGGACGUCACUUCCAAGUCAAAGACACUCAGAAACAAAGCUGAUUGGUUAGACAGUGAAUUGAAGUCCUUCACCAACCAAUACCUCCAGCAUGAGGUUUGAACCAGGGUCCAGUUUAGUUUUACGUAUGGAUGCAGCUGCUUCUGUCCACUAUGAUAGACACAGUGACCGAGUGAAGCAGGACUCUGCUUGUUUGGCAACGAACCGAGCCGUCAGUUGGCAAAGAACUGUAAAAGCGGGGACAGUUUCAUAAAGUCUGAUCUGAUUAGUUGGUCAGUUGAUUCCAUCAUCUAUGUAUAUUAAAAGUACAGCCUUAUA